AUGGAAAUCGUGGCUACGCAGUUUGUACGCGGACAUAGACCGAGGGUCAGCAACCGGUGUGCAGUCGAGGAGGACGAGACUCUCUUGGGCUCCAAGUCCUUAAACUGCCUAGCCCUUGGGUCGUGUGCAGAUAAGCCACUACUGUCAUCAUCUGGCCACCUGUCCAUGAUCAACUCCCCAUUCUUCAAAACACACACAAACUCAGUCGGCCGGCUCAUUGGGUCCUUGACUGUGUACAUUUUCUUCCAGCCGCCGGCGGCUAUCUGCACCCAAAUGGUCCAAGAGCUGUUCCAGUUGGAGGCGAGUCCCACAAGCAACGAGUCCCCCAGUACAGUAACCCGGGGAAAACUAAACGCGACAGGAUCCUGUGGCGGUAAGGCCACCUCUUCAAAAACCUCUUCCGCCACGUCGAACGAGUAA